CCCACAUCCACUCACCCUUGGACCCUCAAUCGUCCCUCCUCGUCUCUAAGCCACCAGCAUCCAUGGGCGAACGUCUCACCCUCACCUACUGCACUCGGGGUGAUGUGCCCCUGCGAGUGGACAUCUACCCCUUCACUCCCGCGACAUCGACGACAUCGAAAUCCUCGAGCUUCCCGCCUCCUUCGCCCUUCAUCCUUUACCUCCACUCCUCGCCCAGAAAUCCCUUCUUUGCAGGAUCUCGCCGCCUCGUUCCUCCAUGGCUGCUUGCAGUGUGCAAACAGAAAGGCUGGCCGCUGCUGUCAGCAGACUACAGGCUGGCACCAGAGGCAACGCUCGCCGACUCGUGGGAAGAUGUUCGAUCGCUGUGGUCCUUCAUUGCGGAUCAGGGAGCCAUGAAUUGGUGUAUCACGUCGGCGGGCGGGGGCAGUGAGGCCGAUUCGGGGGCAGUGUCACUUGCUGAUGGAUUCCAAGCUCUACAGCAGCGAGGAGGCGUCGAUGCCACCAAAGGCUGCGUCGUCGCCGCUGGCGGGGCUGCCUACCUCGGAGCCCUCGGUGGAGCCCUGCUGAGACCGGCACCCGUGUCCCUCGUCCUCACGCACCCAAUCCUUGACCCGGCCUCUACCUGGUAUACCACGCCAUCACCACCGCUUCCUGCGACACCAGGGAGCAAGCGUCGAACCAAGCGGCUCGAGGCGGUCCUCGCCCGUGCCGGCCAAGCGGACAAGGCCAUUGUAGCCGCCUCGGACCUCGAGACGUACGAAGACCAGCAGGACAGCAGUAAAAGCAGUAGCAGCAACAGUAAUACCAUCUUUGGCUGGGAUCCCUCUCGAUGGCGCUCCCGCAUGACAUCCCGCAGCAAGGAGCGUCCCGGCCAGAUCCAUGGAAAGGAGCGCUCCUCACUUUACGCAGCAGUCCGACGAAGCGGGCAGCUCCCGCAGAUACUCCAGCCACCAUAUCGCCUCGCAGACGUCGUGGCAGGCAAGUGCGGCGUAGCGAGCAACAUACCUUACCCGCCGCUGCUCCUCCUCUCAGCGGGAGACGACGAGUACAUUGACCCUCUCGGCGCCGCUCAGUUCCUCAACUCCCUCCGUGCUGCUGACCCGGCGGCUGCGGUGCUCGACCGCCUGCUGGAGCGCUCCCUCGCACACACUCAGCGAGGUGGCUCUCCCCGAGAUACGGUGCCUAUUGCCACGGCGAAUGCCAAUUCGACCGCAAAGCACGGCGGAGAGCUCUUCGAUCCCACACGGCGCUUUUUGCAGCGUGUCGUGCUGGACAGAAGGGCGAGACAUGGCUUCGACAUGCUUGUGGGGAGGGACGAUGAGCGUUUCGCGGGGGAGUUCGAUGCAAUUGAGGGGUUUCUGGCAAAUUGGAUUCAUAUGGCUUCGCUAGAUGCAAAGGGGCGAGGGAGCGGCGAGGGCUCGACGAGCAAGGGUGCAGGGAGGGUGGCGAAGCUUUGACGCGGCAUCGCGAUGGCUAGGUUGAGACGAGAAACAGGAGGAGAUGCACACAUCAUACACGCAAGCAAGUGCAGACGUCUGUAGCGAAUACGAGGCUGACAUUUACAGUCU